ACGAAGCCUCGAUUUCGGGACAGCGGACUCGGGGGGAAUAGUAUCAAGAUGGCUUCUACGACCAUGGGUCCAAUGCUAGGCAUUGUCAUCCUAUUAGCGUCUACUGGUAUUUGUCAGGGUAAUUUCCAUUUACUUGACUUUUAUUAACUUUAUUAUCAUUUUAGUGUCCCGCGAGUUGUAAUACGUUUAAAUUCAACAGAGGGUCUCUCUUUACCUUGAACGAAGAGGUAGGCCGCGAUAUUUAUGUUAGUAAAACCCGGAAAUGGCUAGUUUAGUCCACAAGCCACAUUAUUUGUUGAGUUAUUUAUGUAAACACACUCAAACGUAUAAGUAAUAAGUAGUUUUACGUACAAUUUAAUGUUAAUAAUUUGAUUUGGGGAGAGUCGUUAGUAAAGCUGUUAACUUGAUUAAAAGUUACUAACCCGGGAAUAUUUGUCAACUAAAACAUUUACCAUCUCAACAUUUAUUGUGCAUGCAUAACCGUCAUAAGUCAUAGUACUCAUACUUCAUCAUACUCAUAGCCCAUAGGCAUCAUAGCAUGAAUAAUAUCAUAUUAGGAUACGGAUAAGCUGAGAUUGAGAUGGUAUUAACCUAGGCCUAGGUCCAGAUAUGAUGUCAAUGAAGGCGGCAUGGGUAUAUUGUGAUUAGAAUUUAGAGAGAUAUGCAAAGAGUAAGACUCACUAUCACUAAGACUAAGACAUUAAGACUCUACAAAUUAAGUAAUAGAAUAGACUAUAGACUAAGUCAUGGUUUUCAAUUUCUUUUAUUUCACAGUCAGUUAUGACAGUUACUAGAACAUAUUCUUAUAAUUAUAAUUGAUACGUUUAAGUAGGUCCAAUAUUAUAUGUUUAGACAUGACACACCUGGCUAUGAGGCUAUGACUACUAAUUACUACUCUGAGUCUAGUGUCAAGACACAACUGUUGACAGUCAAUGAAAUAGACAAUUCAAUAGGCAAUAGGCCUACUAGUUCUUCUCGUAAUAGACUGAGACAUUUAAAGUAAAAAAAAUUCAGUAUCUCUACUAUAUAAUUAAGUAUAGUAGUAGAAUAACUAAUAUAGCCUAUACUAGACUAUGAGUCUACAGACUACAUUUAUUUUCAUAUUAUUUUUUAUUUUAAUGUGUCCUUUUAACUUUUAAUAAUUAAAAAAGUUGUUAUAUAAAAGUAUUAAAUUACAUUUCAUUACAUGCCUCACGAAUCCCUGUUAACUGUUAUAUUUUUGUAUCCACAGGUCAAGUUACAGGAAAUUGUGAGAUUCCAGAGUCUUAUUGGGGUGAUUGGUACUCCAUGGAAGUAGGUCGGGAUGUCUUCACAAUUGUGUCUAAAGAUAAGUGGGGAGACAUGGUGUGUCUUGACAGACACAAUCACCCAAUCGAAGGAUCUUUCGUCCAAGGAAUUAACACAACCAUGCUAAUGAGAAAAGCGGAGUAUGUACCAUUAUUUUAACAAUUAUUAGAGUCUCAUAGUUUUAUUAUAUGUUGGGCCUAUAUUUACAUAUAUGUUUAAAUAUAUAUAUAUAUAUAUCUGGGGAAGCUACACCAUCUUGUUAUGGAAAUAAACAGAUGUCAACAAUUUAUAUAAGUUUAUGAAGAAAUUAUUGUUUAACUGUUACAUUUUUGUUAUAAUUUCUUGGCGUGUAAAUCUCUAAAAGCUUUUAAACAAAUAAUAAUUUACUUGUCUAUACUGCUACUGUUUACUUCCUUCUGUUUUUCAGUGGCAGUGAUACUUGUCUGACCUGUGUUGAUAUCCUGUGGAGAACAUUAAACAUUCUCCAGUAUAAAAAAAGUAAGAUAGAGUAGAAAUUAAUUAAACACUACAAGCAUACUUCCUUAUUUUGACAGGAUAACUGGAGAUGGAGACCGGAAGCACAAAGUCAAAGCAUGAUCAUUAUUCAGCCUUCAAAUGCUUAAACUUAUGUAGCCACAAAUCAAAUUUAAACUAUCUAAUACCAAUGGACAUGUGCAAUCCCUAAAUAAAUAAUAAUCCUUUUUUUUACUACCAAGUUGAACCAAUUUGUUAGAAAGAACGAUUAUAAUAACCAGACAACAAGUUUACUUUGUUAUCCUGCAUGUUAUUCAGUCAAUUUGUAAAACAUCUAACAAAACUUACUUCAAAACUUAACUUGGAUUUGUAGAUAUAUAUAGUCCUAUGUAAAUGAUAUCCAUGAUAUGUUUAUUCAUAAUUGUUUUUGUUUUUUUUUUUCAAUUUCAGGUGGCUGUUUUACAACUAAUAUUGGAUUUGAAACUAUGUGUAAAGGUGUCAACAAACUUCCAACCCAGGACCAAGUGAUUACACUUUUUCGUAAGCUUGAGAUUGUUAACUCAUUAUGUUUUAUAAAUUAACCUUUUUUUAAAAAACAAAAGUAAGAGAGAAAACUUAUAAAGCAUUCUAACAAUGAAUUUUUAUAGCAAAAAAUUAAUUGAGAUUAAUGCAAUAAAGUGUAUCAAUAUUUUUUGUUCAGGUCAGACACUCAAGACUGUGAACUGUAUAACAACAUGGGAGGGUGUGUAUCAGUUCACCUAUGAAGUCAACUGGGGAGGUGGUGGCAUCUGUGAUAACCCAGACAGCAUUGUCAAGGCUUGCCAGGAUCCGGGCUCAGCUUACGUUGACAACCAGGUGUUCCUCAUCACCUAUGCCAGGUGUCCCAGUGUGCAGACGUCCAGAUCUCAGAGUGAGUUUACAGUUUUUCGGUACUGCAAUAGUUAUUUAUAUAGAACAAUGAAUAAUUUUAUACAACUGCCAAAUCUGCAAUAAUUCUUUGUUUGUUUUAAUGCAUGAUUUUUAAUUUGGUUGGUAAGUUGGCAGAUGUUUUAUUCAGGAUAUGUAAGGAAAAAUUGAGCUAAAAUACCAAGUUCUGGUAUCAAAUAAUUAUUUUUCAUGUACCUUUUUGUUUUUUCGAGCGUUAUUAAAACUUUAUGUGCAUAUAAAUAUUUACACAAACAGGAUUUGGCUCCUGUUCAGAUAUAUACCUCUAUCAACAUAACUGAGACAUUAGAUAUUUUAAUUCUACAGCUAUACGUUACCAGUGUAUGGGGAACUGGUUCGCCGUAGUUGGAGGAAUCGGCUACUCAUUUGCUGCUGUUGCCGACACUGUCCAGAAGGACACUAGGGAGAAAUACAAAUGCAUGGUAAGAGACUGGGUCUUUCUCUUAAGGGGAGGUGAGAAAAAUCUGGGUUAUAUGAGUAAUUCUGGGUUUUGGUAUAACAGGUGUCUUAAACCAUAUUUUUUUUGUUUUGUUGCUGGGUGGCAGAGUGGUCUAAACUGAGCGAAUCUCAGGUUAAGGGUCAGAGUUCAAUCCCCACCAAAGACCUAGUCAAGCCAAAACAUCACAGGCACCCCAUGUGGAUGGGACUCUUUAACCUUGGAUGGCAACUUAUCUAAGAGAAGGAAACUCUGAAUUCAAACCGGGAGAUGGAAUCCCAUAGGCGGUUAACAUUGGUGCAAUGAAAAAUUCCGACAACUCCUGUGACGCCACUGGUGCCAAGCUCUAUCAUCCAUUUGAUGUUCCCUUGGGUUAUCCAGCGGCGUGGAGAGAGGCGAUUUGCUGUUGGGAACCAGCUUAUAAUCCUAGAAGAAUAAUCCCAGGCCUUGUUAAUUUCGCCCAGUGAAGUCUACACCACCAUCACAUUGUGACGGACGGAUGCCAGCAAAAGAGCAAUGACCCCGGACAGUAUGUGUCAAAAGUGACAGUACUGAAACGCCGGCAUCUUGAACUUGUACAUGGAUUUGUAAAUGAUGCAUAGCUCCAGUUGCCAAUAACCAAAAGGAAGAUACGAGGUGCAGUGGUAUUUGGAAAUGGGUCUCUUGACUGAGGAAAAAGUUUUUAAAGUUGACCAUUAUUUUAACUUAUAUGCAAGCGGUCAUAAACGGGAGCAAAGUUUAAAAAUUUUGCCGAGUUAUUCCAAGAGAGCUUUAAUUAGAUGGCAGCAAUUAGCACAGUUUUGUUGUCACAAAAUUUUCCCCAUCCAUUAUUGAAAUGAACUAUGUCAACCAGAAGGGGUACGAUGGAUGAGGAACAUCGGACUACAUAAUAUGAGAUAUUCCAUUAAAUUGUCAGAAGGUGAUACAAAGGACCACAUAGAGUUGUGUCCCCUUGACCCUGAUGAGGACUUAAAGAAAGAAAAUGCAUACCAUAUUUUACGGACUAUAAGUCGCUACGGGCUAUAAGAUGCACCUUAAUUUUUAAGCAAUUUAAAAAAAUAACAUAUAGAUAUAUAUUAUGUUAAUUUCGAGUAUAAGACACACCUGAAUUUUGGAGGCCAUUUUUCAAAGAAAAAAGUGUGUCUUAUAGUCCAUGACAUAUUUAAUCAUGUAUGCAAAUGAUGAGAUGCACUGCUCUUCCUAAGGAGGUCGAAGUGGCAAGAACCGACUUACACAAAAUGCCAUUAGGGGUCUCUCCAUUUAUUAUACUGGGGUCAUCGGAGGCAACAAGACAGCAGCAGAUAUGAAAAGGGCAAUCAUGGCCUCUCUCCGCCGCUGUUUUUUUUUUUUUUUUUUGUGACAGUUCUGGAACCAAGUCAUGGUUUGUAUCCAACUCACAAUGACUCGUAUUAUUUUUAUAGCUUUGCAUGUGUUUCCUGGUACUCGUGAACACAAUGUUCAUGCAUCGUUGGACAUAAAAUUCCUGGAAAAAAAAUCUACUGCCUUUCUAUAAAAGGCUUACAUCGCUAGAGCUAUUGUUAAGAUGUGGACAGAACACUAAUGAAAUCCUACAUUCCGUCAUAUUGUUUCGCUUUGGAAAAGGCAGUUUUUUCUCAAUGCAUAGUGUUGAAUUUUCAGCCUAUAGGUGCACUGCCGAAUACAACUUUGCACCUAUAUAUAUAUAUAAAUAUAUAUAUAUAUAUAUAUAUAUAUAUACCUUUAUAUAUGAUAUAAAAAGUCAGGAAUAUGAUUUAGGACUGUCUAAUAAUUCUAACAGCCUGAAAAGCAAUGGAAGGAAGAAACGGCUUUUGAUGAAACAAAAUUUUAAGAAAGGGAAAGACAGACAAUAGAAGAGAACUUGUAAGAGAGGCAAGGAGUAAAAGACAAGAGGAGCUAGAAAUAAUUGAAUAACUUAACUUUUUUAAAAAACAUUCUUAGAAGGGAAAAUUAUCAUAAACUUUCUACUCACCCCCUAGCUUUGACUUGGAAAAAUAUAGACUUUUUGCCAAGCUAUAUUUUUAUAACUAAUGCUGGUACCUUAAUAGAAAUGUCCUGUUACUAAAUGUGUUGUUAUAUGCCAAUGCUCUAUGAUUUAAAUUGAAUAGUCAUAACUUCAAGUAGAAAAAAAGCCUUAACAUCAAAAAAUUAUACAAAAUGGAGAAUGUUUUUGUGAAUUACCAUUACCAUGGCAACCAACAUCAUUUUUACUUUUAAAAAAUUGUUUUGUACAUAUACUGUGACAACUAAAUAUGGAUAUAUUUUAUUUAAAAUCCAAUAAGAAGCCAAAUAUUUUUUUUUCACCUGCACCGCUCAUUUGUAUUUUUUUUUUUAAAGUAAAGGCCUUGUAUUUUUAUUAAUUAUAGAAAUCAGGUUGUAAAUUGUGGCUGCUGUCCAACUUUUCAUAUUUUUAACAAUUUUAUGUGUAACAGAUUCUUAAACAUUUAUUUAUUUAUUUUUAGAUGACCCUGAAAAACCAGAAGCAGGCUGAUAACUCUAUUCGAUGGGUCAUGUCUCGUUUUGCCGACUGCAGUGGUCUUAACAGCUUGUACGAGGCUCCAGUUAGGAUUGUGCUCAGGAGAGGUCAUUAUUUUAUUGUUUCAAAUAUGAGAUGUGACAAUUUUAUUUAAUAGCUUGAAUUGCCUGCAUUUUGUUAUAUGUAAGUGUUGAACAUUUUUUGCUCUUUCUGUCAAUGGCAGUGUUUUAGCAAAUUAUUAUUUUUAUUACAUAAAAGGGAUUAUAUGAGAGGUAACAUCUUACUUUGAGUUACUCUAUACUUUUUUGUUGUUGUUUUUGUUGUAGUAAAAUGCACACAUAAACUAUGUAUUUACAUUAAAGUCUUGCAACACCAGGGUGAACAUUUAAUGACAAGCUAUGUUGCCCGACACAACAUUUCAAACUUGCCAAGUUAUAUAUAUAUUUAUAAAUUGAUGGAUGAAAAUGGAUGUUAGUUGAAGGCUUUGGGCUUUAUUUUAAUUUCAUCAAAUUUUCUUUCAGUCCCACCACAGACACCCUACAUUACCCCUCAGUGCAACUUGCCCAGGAAUGUUUCUGGAGAAUGGUACACCCAAGGCAUCCAGUUCAAAUCUCGCGUCGUCAUCAACGACACCCACAUUCACUACUUCACCACCAAGAAUGAGUUUGAAUUUGAAGAGACCUACCUCUCGUGUCAGCAAACUUUGGGAACCAGAUAUCUCAUGACCAAAUACAUUGUAGGAAAAUGGUAGGGUAUAUAAAAAGUUUUAAUGCUUUGAACUUUUAUUUUUUUUUAAAUCUGUAUAAAAUGCAGGAAGACUGAGCUGUUAACAAUAAUAUAAGAAGGAAUCAAUUAUGAAAAAAAUUAUCGUUUUAAUAUAUUUAAAACAUCUCUCUCAUCUUCCCACUCAUCCACCCAAAUUUCCAUUAUUUUCCAAAACCACAAUCCAGAACCUUUAAAAUAGUCUUACAUUUUCAAUUCAUCAGGAAAUCCUUACCUUUAAAAUGAUUUGCAUUGUGUGCCAAAUUUUUUUUCUCUGUUAGUGCAUAAGAUUAAGAAAAAGUGUUUGUGGUUUACCAGACUGUGUCGUUGUACAUUUGACAUAACUGAGCUCUCACCUUUUCCUUUGAAUGUGCUUUCAGUGAAGUUGACUUUGUGUGUUAUGAUAUCCUUCCUAGACAUCAUGGAGUCGUCCGUUACAGAGUGGGUAAGUGUCCAUUCCUUGAGCAAUUUGGUACGACAAAUUGCAAUCAGGAGCUGGAAGUAUUAGGAGAUAAGUCAGCUUAACAAAAGUGGUUAUAUUACAGUUAAAUCUUUCUCAAAAAAAGACAAAUGAUUUACAACAUAAAAAUUGAAUGGCGGCAUUUCAACUUGAAGGAUGUUGUAUAUGUGGAGGAUGAGAUGUUAAUUAUUCACAUUAUAAUUUCAAAAAGACAAGUCACCUGUAAAGAAAAUGCAGAAAGAGUAAUAGGAAUAUGAACUGUUAUAAAAAAAAAUGUGUUUUUAGAUGGAAACUUUCAUUUUUCUUCUUUCAUAAUCAUACAUUUAUGAAAAACAUUUUAUUUAUUAAAUGAUUUGACUUUAAAAAUUUCAGAAGGUUUUUGUACAUGUCAAAAUCUCUCUAACUUCUUAUAAAUUAUUCAUAAUUUUGUUCUGACUGUCAGGCUUAAGAUUGGACAACAUUUAAAAAUUAUUUUCCUCUUCUACAGGCAAACCUUCAAGAUUAACACCUGAAGAACUUGCAGAUCCCCAGUUCAUGACUGUGAAGUUCAGAGAAGUUUGCAGUUGGCAGUCCUUUACAUUUAACCGCAAUGACACGGACUGGAAGUAUGAGGUCCUGAUAAGUGAGUGAAACAGACACUGACAGGGAAACGCUCUGUGUAGGGUAACAGAAAAGUAGCAUUGGCCUCGACAGUAAUGACACAAUUUUUUUUUUCCUAUUCAUUUCAAAAGAAUAGUGAGCUGAUUGCAUAAGUUUGGAAUUUACACUAAGUGUUAAAUAUUUAAAUAUAUUUUACUUGUGAUGCCAUUAAAAAUUCAACAUGUUUUGCAUUUGUAUCAUUCAUACUAUUUAAAAAAUCAAAUGUACUCUAUUAAUUAUUCUGUUUUUAAUAUAAUGUUAUUUGAAUUUUGAAAAUAUGAGCAAAUUUGUGUCUGAGGAAGUUUUUUUUGUUUAGUUUUAACAAUGAUCUUUUCUAGGAUGUUAUUUAAAUGAAAAUAUUUUGUUUUCUGAAUUAUUUGUUCCUUACAUUGUUUUGUUUCAAUGAAGCAGUUGUUUUCUAACUAAAAAAAAUUAAAUGUUUUAAAUACCUGAUUUCAGGGGAGCAGGUGGGAGGCUUUAGGAUAUAACCAAUUACGCAAAUAGAAUGAAUUGUAAGAACAUAAUAUCAUACCUGAUUUUAUUUUCUUAGUGGAUCCCCCAUCUCCUGUAGCUUGUCCGAUUGGAGGCAGAUACAGUUUUGUUCAGAACGCAAACGGCAACCUGGAGAAGUACCAGACCAGGAUUCGGGGUGUGACCGACAGGCCUCGUAACUCCAUCAGCUGCAGAAUCGUUGUGUCCGAGUUCAAAUCUUGCAGCCAGGACAGGUCAAAGAUUGAAGUGGAUGAGGAGUAUUGUGAGAGUGUGGAUUACAGAGGCAGACCUUUGGGAGAAUAUGGUGAGCCCAAAUAAUCCUUCAUGAUGACUUGCCAUCACUCAUAUUUUAUCUAAGAAGAAAUUACUCUGGGUUGCACUUUAAAAAAAAAUUAUUAUGAUCAAUUUAAAAAAUGUUUUAAUAUUUGUAGAUGAACCUGAUCAUAUCCUCACAUGCGUGGGUUUCUGGAUGGAGGAUAUGAAGUCUUACAUGAUCACUUAUGAUGAGGAAGAUGCUAUUUCCAGGUUCCGUUGCUGGGUGAGUGCCAUCCUUGUGUGUAUGGUUCUGUAUUACCUAAAAACAGGUCCAUCUCCAUGCUUGAUUGAUAGAUGGGGAAAAAAUGUGGUUUGAAAAUCUCAUAGCAUAAGCUCUUAAUAAUUUGGUACUCUAAAGAUAAGAUAAGAUUCUUUUAUUGAUCCAAAUAAAUGGAAAUGUUUUUUGAUGGCAUUGUACAUUUUCAGCUAAAAAAUAAAACCAUUUGAACACAAGAUAUUUAUAGUAAAUUAUUUCAAACAGCCAUUUAGUGAGUUCUCUUAGCAAAAUCAGGGACUUAUUAGUUCUCAUUCAGAUGUGUGACUUAGAGGUAGCAUGCCGGUAAAUUCAUACAGAUUGGGGAACGAAAGAAUUUUUAUAUGUCAGUCCUCGUCCUGAUUGAAAGAAUUCGUCCCGAACGGCCUGAUCCUAAGUAUCUGUGAUGAAGAGGGUGGGAUGUAUCAUCCAAAAUGUGUUUAGUUUUGCUCAGAGACAUCCUUAAUAUGUGUAAUUUGUUGAUGUAGUUUUAUUUUAGUUCAAUUCUACCUUUACCCCCAUCCCCUAAUGCAGGCCUGGACAACUCAAAAUGUAACGCGGGCCGAAAACUUAAUGAAAAACUUGAGUGGGCCAAAAGAUAAUGGGACAGGACUUGUGUGGGCCAAAAGAAAAUAGGACAGCGGGGAAAGCUAUUAAGAAAAUAGGAAAAUAAAGAAUAUUUUAUUUUGCGGGCCGCAAAGUUGGUGCUGGUGGGCCGCAUGUGGCCCGCAUGCUGUAUGUUGUGCAGGCCUGCCCUAAUGUGUAUAAUUUGUUGGUGUAAAUAUAGUUCAGUUGUGCUCUUACCCAUCUCCUAAUGUGUGUAAUUUGUUGUUGUAAAUAUUUAAUACCAUUCUACCCUUAUCCAUCCACUAAUGUGUGUAAUUUCUUGAUGUAAAUAUAAUUCAAUUCUACAUAUUUGCUUAGCUUAUUAAUCUAUAUGUGAAAGUUUGCAAAUAUAACAUAAUUAAUGAAUUUAAAAAAAAUAAUAGUCAACUCUUAAAUGUGUUCAAUUUAUUUUAGAAAUCUUAUUUUAGCUGUAAUAAUUUCCACAGGUGUUUGAGCGCAUUAGUUGGACUGAUCUCUCAUUGUCAAGAAGCCAGACGGCUCGCUGUAGGCGUGAACAGAAUUCAAGGAGCUACAUGAUUGAAGGAACUGGACUGAACAUGAAACUUACAGAAAGUGAAAGGCUAUGUAAGUAUUUUUUAAAAAAAAAAUGUUUUCAAGAUUUUCUUAUUCAAGAUCUGUUUUUAUUGCAAACUGCACUGACUACUUAAAUAAAUUUUGAUAUUGGUGUUUAUUUCACUAGAUGAUGACUGCCCUCAGCGUUUUGAUCCUGGACUCAACCCCUACCUGAAACCAACAGUCAUCUACGUCUUGAGUGGGUCACAGCGACCUGUUCUAUCGCUGGCUGUUGCGUUAAACACAUUGAUUGUGCUUCUGGUGUCGUGCUUGUUAAACUGAGCGGAGAAAGGAUGUGUAGAGUUUAAAAAAGAUUGCAUGUGGGUAGAGCAAGUGAUCACAUGGUGUAUACUUGAGUGUGUAUAAAAAAAAAUAAUAAGAGAGAGAGAUGUUUAUAGUUGUUUGGUUUUCAAAUGUCAUCAAGAAAUAAUUUUCAUUGUAUAAUAUGAAUGUCAUUUUAAUAGAACUCAGGAUUGUUUCUGUUGAGUUUAAAAUGCUGUGAAUAGAUUUUCUUAAAACAUUCCUCUGUUUAAAAAAAAAAAAUGUAUGGUAUAGCUCAAAUAUACGAAAGUGUUAAUAUUUCUCUCUUAAAAAUUAUUUGAGGUUUAAAGUAUUGAGCUAAUUCUAUAUUUAGAAAUUUAAAUGACAUAUCAAAGGUAUGCCUAAGCUGUACAGUGUAAAUACUUAACUAUUUUGAAUUAUCAUGCCUAAAGCUGGAUUGGAUCUGAAACUGUAUUAUACAAAUUUUAUAAUCACUUUUUGUUUUUUAAAUAUUAAUUUUGUUUUUUGUAUGGCCUAUAAAAUCUAGCAUAUAUUGAGGCCUUUCACAACGUAUGUGGUAUGUGUACAUGGUGUGUACGUGACUAAAUAUUAUGAAUAGUCUUGUGCUCAGCUGUCAGUACCAAUAGAUACUCAUUAAUUUUCUCCUAACUUUUUUGUCCUUUGAGUUCUGAUAUACUUCUGUAUCUCUUUUUUUUCAUUCUAAAUUUUCUUUUUAAUCCCUGUUCAUGAUCAAAGUCUGUUUUGUAUGCAGAUAUGAGUGUCUUGAGAUUUUGUAUUAAUUAUAUUGGUUACAAAUGUGGAUUGAAACAGUGGUAUUUAUAAAAAAAAAAACACUUUGAUAACACUGAAUCUCCUUAUUUAUAAUUCAACACUUUCAUGCACAAACAUUAAAUUUUCAUUAAUCGUUUCUAUAAAAAAAAACUAAGAACAAAACACUGUGACAAGGUCCAGAGAUAGAAGCUAUCUACCACUACCGCAUGGAUCAUGUUUUCAAGUGUCUUUUUUUUUUGUUUAUUUCCUUUUUUUUUUAUUCAGUUUUCUCAAACCAAAAUAUGAACUACCCGUUCAAAUGUAUAAAUCUGGUGUUAUAACACUAAAGAAACUCAAAUGACGCUUUAUUGUAAAAAUUCAAUUAUUUUAUUUUUUGCAUGCUUUAAACAAAAAUUUUAUUUAAUUUUUUUUUUUUAAAAUUAGAAAACUAUCUUCUACUGGUCUACUGCCAUUUUUUUAGAACUGUUUUAAAAAAAAAUAUUUUAACUAUCCUAGUUAAAGACAUCCUACCCAGUGAUAUCUUGCACAUGCUCUAAAAAAAUAAGUCCAUGUCAUCGCUUGAUUAUAAACAAGCUUCAAAUGGUUGUGUAAAUACGAGUAAGUCUUUUUGGAUGGAGUUAUGUGCCUUUGAGCUAUGCAUAUCAUUUGUCCCACUUGUACAAAAUACCUGUGCGUGUGUUUGAAACUGGAAGGCAUCAAUGCCCGUGUGUGAAUGGAUAAAAGGAAAUUAAUUUUUAGGGAUGAAUGUUGAAAAGGAAGUGUUGAUGCUAACCUCACAAUAAUUAAACCUUCAUUAAAAGUAGCCUACAUAUAAACCAGGAAAUGAAAUACAUUCCAUUGAUGUUCUGCCAGCUGGUGUUUUUUUUUCCAUAAAAUUUAAAAAAUAAAUAUUUCUCAUUUUGAAGAAUUGUGGUCAUCCAUUUAAAUAUUUCUGUACUACUUGUGUAACAAUAAUAAUAAAAAUGAUUGCUGCUAUACUUAAUUCUUUUUUGAACACACAAUAAAUAUUCUAAAAUAAAAGAUUUUAACCGGCAAAGACACAAUUCAACUUGAGCAGCAUUUUUUUCAGCGUGCAGUCUUUUUGGCAAGUGGUUUAUAUCCAAAACUAAAAAAUACAAUCCUGUUUUUCUGCAGUGGGAGAUAUGAAGUUGUAAAAUAGUCAAAUUCUCAGAUCACUCCUGUUUACACUAUUAAGACUAUUAUAGAUUUUAUUUUAACUCUUGUAGCCUAAUCAUUAAGGUCUUGCUAAAGGAUGUCAAACUGGCAUAGCAGUUGAGUUCAAAGGGGAUCACAUGGUCAAUUUUCUAAUGUAUAUUUGGCUAUGCAAUGCACUGGUUGUGUGUAAACAGAUUUGGUGAGCUCAUCUAUGUGAUGCUAUUCUACAAUGACCUUAUCACAUUUUAAGGUUUGAUCACUCUGUUAAUGCUAUCAGAAUAGGAAAAAACGCUUGAAAAACAUGUAUAUAUUUUUUUUCCCCGACUGCGACAAGGCUUUUAGUUUGAGGAUAACCCUAUAUAUUUGAGUAAGUCUUUCAUCUUGCUUGAACAUCCACCAUUUCAAUAAAGAAAUUAGUGACUGAAACUUAACAGUGAAAUAGAAAACUGAUCAAGAUGAUUUUUUUUCCCUUGAAAGAAAUAAAUAGCAUCUGUUUGCUUUUAGGAAUAUAUAUGUUCAUUAUAUAUCUUUCAAAGAUUGUGCAUGGCACCCAUUAGACAUUGUUCAUAUAGCACAAUAACUUCAUUUAAAAAUAACAAGAAUGGGAUUACAAGCAUAAUUAAAUUUUUGUUUUUCAAGACUGAAGAACCAGACCAAAUUCUUUUUGUACAUUCCUUCCAUUUGACUCAUGACUCAUAAACUGUUUAAUAAUUGUCCCUAAAUAAAAAUGUAUAAAAAUGAA